AAACUUUUUAAUGUCUUCCGGGAGACACCGGAAGCUUUACUACAAACCGAGCGGCAGGUUUGUCUUCGAUCUAAGUUUAAGGUGUUCACUGGAUUUACUAAGAUGGAUCUGAAACGCAAGGCCAUGGAUGGUGCUUUAGUGGUAGCAAAGAAACCACGGAACGAGCUUGUUGCUGUUUCGGGCGACGAAAACAUGUCUUUGAUGCAGACGGGACCACCAAGGACUUCAAACCUUUUGGCCCCUAUCAUGCUGCUAACGGGUCAUGAGGGCGAGAUUUACACAGCCAAGUUCUCACCAGAUGGUCAUUUUCUAGCAUCUGCGGGCUAUGAUAGGCUUAUAUACUUUUGGGCAGUUUAUGGAGAAUGUGAAAACUUUGCAAUACUAAAGGGGCAUACUGGUGCAGUAAUGGAACUGCAAUUUUCAACAGAUGGAACCAUGUGCUUCUCGUGCUCGACAGACAAAACGUUGGCAGUAUGGGACACAGAGGCAGGAGUAAGAAUGCGAAAGUUGAAAGGUCAUCAAUCUUUUGUCAACUCGGUGAGUCCGGCACGCAGGGGACCCCAGUAUCUGUGCAGUGGUAGUGAUGAUGGCACUAUCAAGAUGUGGGAUGCUCGUAAGAAGGGUGUUAUCAACACCUUUCAGUCAACAUAUCAAGUGACAGCAGUUUCUUUUAAUGACACAGCAGAGCAGAUUUUUUCUGGAGGAAUUGAUAACGAUAUCAAGGUUUGGGAUCUUCGUAAAAAUGAUGUGGCAUACCGCAUGCGAGGCCAUUCAGAUACUGUGACAGGUUUGAAGCUAAGCCCUGAUGGGUCUUACCUUCUAUCUAAUGCAAUGGACAACACUUUGAGAAUCUGGGAUGUCCGGCCAUAUGCUCCACAAGAGCGAUGUGUGAAAAUCAUGUCAGGCCACCAACACACAUUUGAAAAGAAUCUGCUUCGUUGUACCUGGUCACCAGAUGGCAGCAAAGUGGCCUCGGGGUCUGGUGAUCGCUUUGUUUAUGUCUGGGACACAACAUCUCGGCGCAUAAUUUAUAAACUUCCUGGUCAUGCAGGCUCUGUCAAUGAUGUUGAUUUUCACCCAUAUGAACCCGUUUUAUUGUCAUGUUCCAGUGACAAACAGAUCUAUCUUGGGGAACUGGACCAGUGAUUUACAGAUCAUGUGUGGUGUGUGAGUGUGCGUACUUGGUUGCUUGCUGGCAUGAUUGUAUGCAUACUUUAGUGACUGUUUAUAUGCAUGCAUUUGACUUUGCAUUGUGUCUUUGUGAUCUGGGAUGUGCCAGAUUUCUUUCAGUGCAGCUAAAAAAAAAGAUAACCAACCACUUCCAUCAAAAUGUUCUUUGAAGGUUUUGGUAUUGCCAAUACCUUCUUGAAGUAUUUUGUCAUCAGUUACAUUUAGAUAUAUAAAUAUAGGUCUAUGUGGAAGAUGUGAGUGUGAAUGGGGAAUAAAAUGGUUCAUUUUAGCCA